CGCGCGGGUUGUCAUGAAGCCGGGUUCUGUCGCGGCCUAUUGGCGCGUCUUGGUGACGUCGCUGUGUCGAGUGGUUCCUCCUGUCAGACCGGUUGGGUUCCGAGUGGUCAGCGGCGCGUCUGGAAGUGACGUCAUGGACCUGAGUUCUAUGCGGAAGCGUUACCGUAGUGAUAAUGAGGCCUUUGAAGAGAAACACUUGGUUUCCCUUGAUCCCAUCGUUCAGUUUAAUGACUGGUUCCAAGAGGUCACCCAGUGUCCCGCCAUCGAAGAGCCAAAUGCCAUGUGUCUAGCCACGGCUACCAGAGACGGGAGGCCGUCUGCCCGCAUGGUUCUCCUCAAAGGGUUUGGCCCUGACGGAUUCCGAUUCUACACCAACCGGGAGAGCAGAAAAGGCCUAGAUUUGGAGACCAACCCUGUUGCAUCUCUUCUGUUCUACUGGGAACCUUUCAACCGUCAGGUUCGGAUUGAAGGCUCAGUCGAACGUCUUUCUGAAGAUGAAACCGAGAAGUAUUUUCACUCCCGUCCAAAAAGUAGCCAGAUUGGGGCAGUUGUAAGCAAACAGAGCCAAGUCAUCCCUGACAGGGAGUAUCUGCGCCAGAAGAAUGCUGAACUGGAGGCGGAGUACAAGGACAAAGAAGUGCCCAAACCUCCUGAGUGGGGUGGUUACAUUGUUCGUCCAUCUGUCAUAGAAUUUUGGCAGGGACAGACCAAUCGCCUCCACGACCGUAUUGUGUUUCACAAGCAGGAGGCAGACAAAGAGCUGGGCCCCUGGACGCACCCUGGAGAAGGGGGUUGGGUGUACAAGAGGCUUGCUCCCUAACCUCAGAGAUUGGAGUCUGGUAUAUGAGGUUUACAUAUCUUAAAGGAGUCUCAAUGAUGUUGCCAAUCAUUUCAUUUGUACCUCUAGAUCCCAUGUGUCGGCAUCUACUAUGAAUUUUCUUCAACACAUUAUUGCUUUGGGGUAUUUGUCCCAAGGUAAAAAGCACAGCUAUUGUCACUCAGUGGGCUCUCUAUGAUGUUGUGUCUGUAUCUCUAGGCGUUUGUUAGUGACUUUGUGUCUGUACCUUGUAAUGGAACCAUGAAAUCACAGAAAUAAUAUAUUGCGUAGUGCUGAUCAUUUGGUACCCCCCAAGGUAUAUUAGUACAUUAAGUUUAUCAGGGGCGAUCCUGGCCCCUCUGCCGCCUGAGGCAGUUGCUGCUGCCCCCCCUUCCCCCGGAAAUUCACACUUAAAGUACGAGGAGCAGCAUUUUUGCUGCCCCUGGUACCUAGUGGGGCGCUGCCGCCUGAGGUGACAGCCUCAACUCGCCUCAUUGGCGAAGCACCCCUGAAGUUUAUAAAACAAUAUAUAUUGAAACUGUAAGAUUUAAUUAUAAAUAUAAUAAACAAUAUCACUUCCA